AUGUCUGACAUGAUAGUUUGGCGACCAGAAGAUGAUCCAAACAUCAGACCCCCGCUUCAGGAAGGCCAGGUGAAUAGGCCAGACAUACUCAAUGUGAUUGAGACGUCAAUCGACGGACUGAGUGGAGAGCUGAGGAUGCUAAGUCUCGAUAUCCAUGGUAAUCACCGUGCUUCCAUUUUUAUCAACGCAUCCUACGCUCACACAUCUUCGAAAGACCAUCCAGAGCUGAUGUUUGAAGAAAAAUAUGCCCAUGACGCAUACACUGCGUUCAUGGAAAAACAUGGUUUCACAGUUAUCAAAAAUCAUCAUCUUGAGACUGCCUGGGUGGCUACAUACACCCAUGGACGGGGAGGGCGCGUUUUGGGUAUCAACUCUGAGAUGGAUGCGCUCCCUGGAAUCGGACACGCUUGUGGACACAAUCUUGUUGGGAUAUCUGGAGUGGCGGUAGCCGUUGCAGCUAAAGCUGCCAUGGAGAGGCUGAACAUCGAUGGAAAGGUGGUUCUGCUCGGUACACCUGCCGAGGAGGGUGGCCUUGGCAAGGUCAUACUGUAUGAAAAGGGGGCAUACGAUGAGAUGGACGUGUGCCUCAUGUCCCAUCCCACACCUGGCCCCCGCCAUUUCAUUAGUUUAACUAACUGCUUGGCUUUUUCUUUCAUCACUGUAAAGUAUCAAGGCCAUACUGCUCACGCUGGGUUGAGUCCUUGGGAGGGAACAAAUGCACUUGAUGCGGCUGUCCUAGCAUAUAAUAAUGUCUCUCUUCUUCGUCAACAGAUUAAACCUACUCAUCGCGUGCACGGCAUCUUCGAAGGAAAUAAUUGGGCUCCAAACAUCAUCCCAGACCAAGCUACAAUGAAGUGGAUAGUCCGCGCUCCCACGACGGCAGAGAUGGAAGACACCGGGCGGCGUGUUACUGCCUGUUUCGAAGCAGCUGCACUUGCAUCUGGAUGCAAAGUGCAAAUUACGGCUACACCGACAAUCAACGAAGUCACGCAAAACAAAGCACUUGGUGAUGAGCUUGCUGACGUUGUCCUGAAGCGUUAUGGUGCUAUAGAUUACGAAUGGGGUAUCAAGAAUGCUUCUACUGAUUUUGGGAAUAUCUCAUACUUGAUGCCUGGUCUUCACCCUGGUUUUUCCAUCCCGACCAUUCCAAAUGGCGGGAACCAUACCCCAGGAUUCACGGAAGCCGCACGUUCCCAAGUAUCCCAUGACGCCUGUUUGGUGGUUUCGAAAGCACUUGCGGCCGUAGGCAUGCGAGUGUUGACUGACGAAGCGUUCUUCCAGAAAGUGAAGGACACAUUUGAAGAAGAUAAGAAACUAAGAGUGUAG